CACCGAUCAUGGAAAGAGCCGAGUAUGUCGGCUCAGUCAUGUGAUCAGCUGUGUCCAAUCAUAGCUGAUCACUGAUGAUCAGUGUGCCCUGAUGAUCAGUGUAGCCCCAGCAGUGCCACCUGUCAGUGUCCAUCAGUGCCUUGUGUCAGUGCUCAUCAGUGCCUCGUGCCAGUGCCCAUCAGUGCCACAUCAAUGCCACAUAUCAGUGCCUACCAGUGCACAUCAAUGCCACAUAUCAGUGUCCGUCUGAGCUGCCUUUCAGUGUCACCCAUCAGUGCCAAUCAGUGCCACCUAUCAGUGCUGCCAAUCAGUGCCACCUAUCAGUGCCAGUCAGUGCCGCCUAUCAGUGCACAUCAGUGCCGCCUAGCAGUGCCAGUCAGUGUGCCGCCUAUCAGUGCCAGUCAGUGCCGCCUAUCAGUGCCAGUCAAUGCUGCCUAUCAGUGCCAUAUAUCAGUGCCAUGUAUCAGUGCUGCCUUUCAGUGCCCAUCAGUGAUGCCUGUCAAUGCCCAUCAGUGCCACCUACCAGUGCCCUCAUCAGUGCCCAUCAGUGCCACCUAUCAGUGUCCAUCAGUGCAGCCUAUCAGUGCCCACUACUGCAGCCUCAUUAGCGCAUAUCAGUGAAGGAGAAAAAUCACUUAUUUACAAAUUUUAAAACAAAAACUAAGAAAAAAAACGUUUUUUUUUUCCAAAAUAUUCAGUGUUUUUUGGUUUGUUUAAGAAAAAAAUAA